AUGCUCAAGACUAUCAUAGCACUUUUUUGUUGCAUCUACACUGUAUACUCUGGAAGCUGUGCCUGCCAAAAUCAAGCGGCAGUGGCUGGGCCGACCUGCCCUUCCGGAUGGAUCUACUAUGACGUCACACAGUCGUGUUAUUUUAAAGGUCGGAUGCAAUCAUGGCUCUCGGCCGAGCGGUAUUGUGUUGGUCAAAACGCCCAUCUAGCUUCGAUCCAUUCAAAAGCUGAGGCCGAUUUUGUGAACGGACUUGCCCAAAUUGAUGGAGGUUGCUUGUUUUGCAGCAAAUUAAACCAGCGUUACCGGAUGUGGAUUGGUGGAUUUGUGAACGCUGGUGCUUACGUAUGGAGCGACAGCACGCCAUUCGACUAUCAGCCCUACACGUUGCCAAUCGACCGAAGCUAUUACAUUUCGGUAAACAUUGACAGCGAUUGCAUAGAUGACCCACAAUCGGCGUUCGGCAACUGGAUCGUCACCCCGUCCAUCGACCAGGUCAAUGACGUCUUCAUUUGCAAAAUUGCGGCAAAUGUA